AUGUCUCCUUUCGCUGCAUUCGAUCAUGAGAACGGACCCCCAAAGUCCCGCAAGCAAGCCAGAGACGACAAGAAGAAGGCUCGCAGGGAAGCCGAGCUUCAGCGCAAGUCCCAGGAUAAGGACCGUUCUCAAUCCCCCAAGCAUGGCACGGAUGAUGGCGAUGUCACUCUGCUCCUUGACAACGGCGAACAAGUCGUUUUGGACAAGCAUCAAGUCGCAAACCCAGAGAAGUUUGCCAUUCGCAGCGUUGAGCUUCCAGGAGGUCAAAUUGUUUACCUUGACAUUGAGAACAAGCUGAUUCGCACAACCGAAGCUCGUGUCGCAGCCAAUGCUGCUGGUCAGCCUCUGCCCGAGGACGAUGGGAAAGUUUGUGAUCCCAUUUCGAUUCGACGAAGUGGUGAUUCUCACAACAUCCCGGCUCUCGUUCAUCUCAACGGUGCACUGAUCAAAGGCUAUUCUCCCAAGACCUUGGCUCAUGUCGGUGCUGGUCCCGGCAAAGGUCUGACCACGACAGUUGAUUACAGAGCUGCCCAGUACUCACCCCCAAGCAUCACCAUUUCUUGUUCAAUUCGGGAUGGCGGCGAGCUUCAGUCAAUCCUCAAAAUCGUCGCCUACCUGGGCAGUGCAACGGCGAUUAAUCGAGAAACGAUCUCGACCGACCAAACAGAUUGGCUUCGUUCCGCCUUUUCUCUCGGCCAAGAUGACCACGACAUGAUUGCAGGUCUUCUUGACAACAACAAGCCAGUCAAGACUAAUCCUUUCGAAGAUCUGUCGGCUUUCGGUCCAGACUGUACGGAAGAAAACAUGGAACCUGCCCAGCUCAUGCUCCUGAAGUGUGCCUCUGUCAAUUCUGUCCAGUUGGCGCUCAACCGUGGCGACGUGGCUUUUCACUGGAACGACAAUGUUCGUGUUUCUUAUUGUCAAGACAUUCACAACACACUCAAGGCUCUUUUUGCUUCGUCAGAGCAGUUCCACUUCACCAUCACCACUGACGAUAGCCCUCUCGCAACUGAGAUGUGGGACAAUCUUCUACAGUUCUCUGGGGAUGCGCACGUCUUCAAUCCUCUGAUGAGCAAUUGCAACUUCCGUUAUCAAGAUCUCUCCUUCUCCAGUUUCAAUCUGGAAGCGUCACGCCCAUUGAAGUCCACGCCCCGAGUGUACGUCUUCAAGGACCAAACUCACCAGACUUGCGCUCUCAUCGGAGGAAGUACUGACGCCAUCAACUACGAGGUCGAAAUCGCGAAAAAGAUGGAAACUGUUGAGAUCCCGUUCGUCGCGUCUGCCUCUCCCUAUGAGCUGUGGACAAGCACGGAGAACGAUCUCGUCACGUACGGUAUUCUCGCCGACAAUUCACCGACUGAAAUGACGCUCUUCUGCUUGGUCACUGCGAACUACCGGUUGCCCCCCGAAGACAAGACAUGCUUGAUCAAGCUUCGUCAGAAGGAGGUUGUUCGUCAACGACCUGACAACAUUGAGAUGACCAGAGCAAUUCAUCAGUCACUCUCAGAGCAGGUGGAAAGCAUCGUGCGAAACGUUGCUAGCGAGAUUGACCUUGCUUACGACAACAAGGAGAAGCAAGUUGAGGGCAUGCGUCAGAACACUGAGGCAGAGCAAGAAAAGUACUCUGACGCCAAAGAUGAUCUAACUCACUUUCGUCACAGGCUCGCCUGCAAACUCUUGGCCGAACGUCUCACGGACUUCGUCAACCGUCCGACUGAAGAAGCUCGGCGACUGGUCAACAAUGUCGAUGGCGAACCCAGGCUGGAGGUCGAACGCACGCUGAAGAUCGUCUCUGCAGUGGAUCUGGGCAUAUCCUGGCUCAACAUGCAUCUCAAGAAUGAGGAUGCAGACAUGGUCAUCGAAAUCGGCAAAUGGAUCCGGAGCAACGGCGUACCGCAGCAAUCGACGCCAGAGGCUGAGGAGCUACUCGAAGUUCCCGCACGCCGAUUGCCGCUCCCCGCGGGUAUCUCUGGUCGUGUUGCCAUGUUCUCUGCUGUCAUUCCCAAGGAUGAAAGGUGGGCUUCGUGCUACACAGCUCCUCCCAAGAACACCGGUUUGCCUUUCUGGAAAAUACAAGGCACUUUGCAAGACUUCUGUGACAAGCUUUCAACCGGUCGUGUACCGAAGAAAUACCUCGUCAACGGCACAAUCCAGCCCAGCGUGCUCACCUCCACAGCCAAGCACGAAGCCAGCGCUAACUACUCGGCAAACUUCAACAAGCACGCUGUCCAUGUCAAAGAGCGCGACGUUUUUGCAAUCUUUGGGUUUGAAAAGUUGGUCCCUCCCCGUCCGAGGCCAGGCUAUCAGGGACAAUGGGCUGCGCUGCUCCGUGAUUUGAAGCGCACAACCGACGGCAUCUUUUCCCUGACUGGUUGUCCUGGCUCCGGCAAGUCGUACAUUGCAGACGCGUUGACUUCACACGUGGCCCGCACUGUCCCCCAAUGCGCCCGCGGGGAAGUCGCUCCAGAAGCUUUCGAGACAGACUUCGCGAACGACAUCAACACCCAUGAUCCCCUCCCUGAUGAGUAUGAGGACAUCAACGACGCUCAUCGAGAUUCCGUCCGUGAACGCCGUCGCGAAGAAGAGCGUCAGCGCAAGAUCGAGAUCAGCAAAGCGGUCUCAAAGGUGUACCGUCGUACGCAUAGACAGAAGAUCGCCGCUUAUCACAACACCACAAUGCCUGACGAAUCCGAUGACGACGAUGACGAGGAACCUGCUGCUUCCACCGAUGAAGAGCAAACCGCCGGCGGCGCCGAGCCUGGCACCGCUGAGGUCGCCGGUGAUUCAGCGAACGAACCUUGGACGGAACAUGGCACAGAUACGGGUGCUGUACCUGUCCAGCGAGAGCGCGUCGAAAAGGGUCAAGUGCUUGUCACUACCUUCUCCAGGAAGAUCACGCGCGAUGCACUCGAACGAGGAAACAAGUUUGACCCGAAUGUCAAACGCAUGAGAUGCUAUCCCUACGAGAAGGAGAUGAGAAAUCUCUUGUCCACUCAACCAAGCGGUCCUCGUCAGACAGACGUUGAUUCUCGGUUCGCGUCCCUUGGCGAAAAGUCCCUGCAGAUCCACAAGAACAACAUGCAGAAGGAUUCUUGGGAAGACGUUUCUCCUGCGUCGGAUCCUCACUCGGUUUCGGAACAAGCGAAGCGUGUCCUGGAGCAGCAUCCCGACAGAUGGUUGCAACUUCGACAAGGCCUGAGCUACAAGGACUGUGAUCUCACUCUCUGGAAGAAGAACAAGGCAGAAGCUAUGAAAGACGCGUUGGAUCUGAUCAACUUCACCAUUGCCCAAGCUGGUAUCGUCUAUGCUACCCCUGCGGCCAUUGCUUCAUGCGCCAGUCGUUUCACUUCAUUCAUGCCUGACAUGAUUGUCAUCGACGAAGCGCAAAAUCUCAACGAGGCCGCCACUUUCAUUCCCAUGGCCAAAUACCCGCGAGCUGCUUUCGUCUUGAUCAUGGGAGAUGUCAAUCAAUCCACUCUCAUCCCAUCAGCAGCUGAGGACGGAGAGUACCAAGAUCUGUUUGGCUACCAGCAUGCAACAUCCUUCCUCGCGCGUUUGGCCAUGUCCAACAAGAUUGACUUCACGUUGAAGUACACCCAUCGAGCUUUCGGUCUGGCUUUCGAGAUCCCCCGUCAAGUGUUCUAUCGCGAGACCAUGAGCGUUGUCCAUCAGCACUCGAACGUGACACGGUUGUGGAACUCUUUCUUUGCGACGAUGAUGGGCACUGAGAACUCGUUCCGACCAAAAAUCCCGUCAAUCAUGAUCGACCCCAAGAACUCGAUUGAAGAACUGUACGGGUAUUCUUUCAUCAACAAGGAAAACGCGCGUCUCGUUCAGAAAUUGGUCGUGCAGCUGUACCAAUCCGCGCCCGUCUACAACACAAAGGACCUGUACAAAUCCGGUAUUGCAGGUUCCAGGCGUCAGAUUCGCCGAGGCAGUGUUCUCAUUGUCACGGCGUACGCGGCUCAGAAGAACUUGCUGCGAGGUUAUCUGAAAGAACUUCAACCUAACGAGGCACCUCUGGGGCUUAUUGACGUUCGGACAAUCGAUGAGUCGCCAAGUCACCAAGCCGACGUGGUAAUCAUUGAUCUACCGCGAACGACCCGAGGCGUUUUCCAGAAUAACCACAACCGCUUGUGUAUCGGUUCAACGCGAGCCCAAGCUGCGACGAUUUGGAUUGCUGCCGAGGAGGGCAUCAAGGGCCCUUGGGGAGAGAAAGUGGCAAGCAUGCACGAGGAGAAUGGCACUCUGCUGGAGUUGAACUACAAGAUGCCUUUGACCAAGAUUUGCGAUCGUUGCAACAAUCAUGGGCACGAACAUAGCUCUACGUCCCCAUGCCACAUUGCCUUGGAGUGCAACGGUUGCAAGGCACUUGGUCUUCCUUGCGCCCACACUGCUCGCAACUGUCCAAGGAGCGAUCAGCAUUCACCGGCUUCGUUGUUCGCAGGACGAUACUCGAAGGACCUGGCUAACCUCAAGCCUGUCCCGCACCCCGACAACCAGCCCCCGUCAAUUAUUCACGGUGUCUCGUCCAAGCAGGCCACGUCCCGCGACAAGGUCAGCAAAGUGAACAAGACUCUGGGUGACAAUCGCACCAAGGCUAAGAAGCGCGAGCGAUUCCGAGUUGCUGGUGCUCAUCCUGAGGGAGAGUCUUCAGCCAUGGGCGCGAUUCAAGAAGCCCUCAUGGCAAAGAUCGAAUUCCCUGCAGAUGGCUCUGGCUCGGAUGAGGAAGAAGGACCCGGUGAAGAUGACAACACGAGCGAAGAUGUAGCGGGCGGCGACGAUGGAGCGGGUGACGAUUGGGUCAUGGGUGAUGCACAGGGCGAUGCCGCCGAUGCGUUGGGCCCUGCUGGGGGAUGGUGAGCUGAGUUGACACUGUAGUGCUACGAUAAUGUUUGAAAUGAAUUGUUGGAUUACCUGUAAUGAUUG